GUCUGAACCAACUUCAUUGUCUUCUUCUUCUGUGCAAUUCCUCUCAUGUAUGUAUACCCUGUGUUCCAUAUCAUCUCUUUAAGUGCAGCCUCUCAUUUUAUCUUAGUUCAUUGUCAGUGUUCAGAGAUUUUCUUCAGCCCUGAGAAAUGCAUCGCUCCACAAGCUCAGCUGGACCAGAACAUGAAAAGUUCACAGAAUGGGCAAUAUCGCAAGGCAUACAAAUCAAUGGUGUCGCACCGACGCGGUUCCCUGGUCAGGGUGUUGGGAUUGCCGCACAAAGGAAGAUUCAUGCUGGAGAAGUGGUCGUACGAGUUCCGAUCAGCGAGAUGCUGACGAUAAAGAGUGUGCCCUCGACAUUCCGGGAGAAAUUCCCGGAUAAUAUUCCUGUUCAAGGAUUAUAUGCGGCAUACAUCUGUUGCACAGAGGAAUUCCAAGACAGAUACGCACCCUGGCGAGCGGUGUGGCCUUCGCGACAAGACCUUGGGCAAAUUUUACCCACGCUUUGGCCCCAGCUCCUCAAAGGCAGCGCAUCAGGUCGCUCUGUUUCUAGUCUGUCCUAUCCAUUGCUUCCCCCAUCCAUCUCCGGUUCGUGGAAUACAAUAUCCAAGAGACCCAUAAAACAUGCAUAUACAGCAGAACAUCAAAACCUCUUACCAGAGCAAGAAAAGCGCCUUGACAAGGCAUACCAUAUUGUCAAGCAGGUCCUCCAGGAUGUUGACAAAGAUCUUUACACAUACUACUGGCUUAUUGUGCAUACAAGAUCUUUCCACUACAUCCCGGCCGGCACAUCGCCCCCUAAAGACCACAAUGAUGCCAUGGCACUUUGUCCCUUCGGGGAUUAUUUCAACCACAUAGAUGAGGGCGGUUGUGAAGUUUCUUUUGACAACGAUUACUAUACAUUCAGAACAUCCAAGUCUUAUGACAAGGGAGAGGAGAUAUUCAUUUCCUAUGGAAAUCAUUCGUGUGAUAUUCUUUUGACCGAUUAUGGUUUUAUCCCCGCUGUGAACAAAUGGGACGACCUGUUUCUAGAUGACAUAAUUCUAAAGGAUUUCUCCUCCAAAAAGAUCGAAGCUCUUAGCAUUGAUAGAUACCUUGGAAACUACCAAAUAACUACCAAAGGCCCCUGCUUUCGCACUGAGGUGGCUGCUUGCAUGAAAUAUAUGACUCUCGAUGAUUGGAAUCAGUAUAUCCUUGGAUACCAACCAGCAAGUUUUGACCAGAGGAAGACGAAUUCGAUCAUCGCGGCCUGGAUACACGAGUACAUUCAUGAGGCCGAAGUAGCUAUCUCGAAGUUAACAGCGCUACGGCGGAGCAGGAAGUAUGGCGGGGAACCUCAAUUUGACGUCAUCUCUAUGAGGUGGAAGCAGAUAGUAGAACUGUGCAAUGCGGUGCUGAAGACUGUUGAUUAAUUGGAGAAUAUUGCCGGGCAUUAACAAAACCCCCAGCACUCUAACCGAACGGAGAGAGAACCUCUACUUCCUCUUGGGAUAUUGGCAUAUGUCAAAAUCAAAUAUAUAAGAUAUAUAUAUAUAUGAGAAUAUGAUGAUGGAAAUGGAUAGGAACUCCUAUGGCUGUCGAACCAAAAUGAGCUCCUAAAAAAUAUUAGGAUAAAUAGCAAAUAUAGGCACUAACAUCUAAGCCCGCCCAGCAACCUCUGGCUCCAUAACCAUGGGGAUAUCCCCAAAUUCCUUUGCGAGCUUAAUCUUCUCUCGAGCCAACACCAUCUGAACCACCAUAUAGUUCAAUGCGCACUUGAUCCCCAAUUCCUCCCCUCUCUUCACAAUAUAACCAUUCAUAUACUUAAUCUCCGUCGGAUUCCGUAGACGCACAUCUUGCAACAUAGAGCUAACAUUUUUUGCCGUGUUUGCCAUAACGCUCACCGCAAGGGUGCGCAGGCGGUCCGGGGCGAACCGUGCCUGUAUACCGGGGACACCCUGGAGUUCCGGCAGUGCGCAGAUGACAGCAGAGAUCUCGAGGAGAAGCAGUCGUUGGACACGGGAGAUGUGGUAGUUGUAGAGGAGGUCACCGUUGAAGCAGUCGAAGAUGACGGUGAGCGGGUUGAUGAUGCAGUUUAUGACGAGCUUUUCAAGUUGGUGUUGGAGGAAAGUGUCAGAAGGAACUGCGCUGGCUACUAGCUGGGUAUUGCGGGUUAACACCCGUAUUAGGUACAGAGAGGUAGAUGCCCAAACUUCCUCGGGUAGGCUUGAUUGUGCUUUGUGGAGUGCCAGGAGGUCAUUCCGGUGUUGUAGCUGUUCUUCCUCCUGGAGGUCUUCUGGUUGUUUUUGUAUUUCCCCCUCCUGUCGUUGUUGUUCUUCUGAUUGCUCGUGAGCGGCAGCUAUUCGGCCCAUUUCCUGUUUCUUCUUAUACUCCAAAAUAUUAUUUUCGGUCCUAGCUCUUGCCAGCGGGUUCGUGUAUCCGAUGCUGAAUAAACAGGUCCCGACUCCCGCAUGUUUGAUCACAAAAUGAUCCAUUUUAAACAGCCCAUGCGAUAUCACUCCAAAGACAUAACUGGGGCGGGUCUCUGGAUCGGGAAAAACAUGUUCAUUCACUUGUUCCUGGACCCCCAAGCCAUUGUGUACGAAGACAAUGGUAGAAUAUGGUGUGAGGCGAUGUCUAACAGAUUCCAACACCCACCGGACCCUUGUGGCCUUGGAGGCGACGAUAAGAUUGUCAAUGAUUUCCUCAUUCGCUUCCAAGGGAUCCCGCUCAGGAUAUCCGCCAGCUUCCUUCUGUUCCCGAGCUAGUUUUGAAUCCUGUGGCACGUAAUGCCAAACGCCGUCUCUUUUGACAUUUAUGUCGAACCCCCAUCUAUGCUCUGCCAGUCCAUUUCGCACCAACGUUAUCCGCCGCCUGUUUUUUUCCCACCGUUCUAGUGUCUUUUGGUUGUGUAAUAGGAGGGUUACUGGCGGGCGUUUUGUAUCGCCAGCCAAUGAAUGGGCGAGAAAUCCUCCAAUAUUUCCCACCCCUAUAAUAUGUAUUCGCGACGGUAUUCUUUGUUCCUGAAGCCGGGGUUCAGGUUUGACGUAUCCGUCAUUCCGCGGUUUGAGGGUGGUAUGGAAGAGUCGCAGGGAAACUGACUGCAUACGGAUGGCAUCAGGACAUCUUGCGAAGAGUUGGAAAGUCGUGACGCCAACCCGCAUUGUGACUGUUGGUACACCUGAAUUUAUUUGGCUUGCACCCGGC